GCUCCUCCCUCACUGUGAGGCAUCUGUUAGAAUUUCUGGUUGAAGAGGAGCUCCCCUGUCCCCUGAACCCUUGCUGUGGCAAAGCCCUGGAAUAUCAUUUCUGGUGAGGAGCAUGUCCCUUUUCACAUCCUUCCUUCUGCUGUGUGUGGUAACAGCAGUUUAUGCAGAGACCUUAACUGAAGACGUUCAGAAUACCUGCCCUGUGAUUACCUGCAGUUCUCCAGGCCUGAAUGGCUUCCCAGGCAAAGAUGGACGUGACGGUGCCAAGGGAGAAAAGGGAGAACCAGGUCAAGGGCUCAGGGGCUUGCAGGGUCCUCCUGGAAAAGUAGGACCCGCAGGACCCCCGGGGAAUCCUGGGUCAAAAGGAGCAGUGGGACCGAAAGGAGACCGUGGGGACAGUGCAGAAUUUGAUACUGGCAAAAUUGAUUCAGAAAUCGCAGCCCUACGAUCAGAGCUGAGAGCCCUGAGAAAGUGGGUGCUCUUCUCUCUGAGUGAAAAAGUUGGAAAGAAGUAUUUUGUGAGCAGUGCUAAAAAGAUGAGUCAUGAUAGAGUGAAGGCCCUGUGCUCUGAAUUCCAGGGCACUGUGGCCACUCCCAGGAAUGCUGAGGAAAACAUGGCCAUCCAGAAUGUGGCCAAAGAUAUUGCCUACUUGGGCAUAACAGAUGAGAGGGUUGAAGGCCGUUUUGAGGAUCUGACAAGAAACAGAGUGCACUACACGAAUUGGAAUGAUGGGGAGCCCAACAACGCAGGCUCUGGGGAAGACUGUGUGGUGAUCUUGGGAAAUGGCAAGUGGAACGAUGUCCCCUGCUCGGAUUCAUUUUUGGCAGUCUGUGAAUUCUCUGACUGAGGGUGCUUGUUUCCUAGCCCUCCUUGGUACUUUAGUGUACUCUAGAAGUCCACAGUUUGUUCUGAAGAAUAAAAUAUGGGAAAAUAUAAACAAUUCAACAGUAGCUCCCCAAUGCAUUCUCUUGUGAAGGUGUAGAAAUAAAGUGAGUUUAGUUUUCCUUUAUGACCCUUGGGCUCUGUGGGGCCCUCUUUUCUUCUUGGUAAUAGCAUCGCCCUGUCUAAUUUGAGUUUCUUAGCCCAGUCUCAGGUAUUAAAAGGGUCUACUUACAACUUUAUUUCAGAGAUGUACUUCCUUACUAAUGGGGCAUUAAACUAUGGGUAGACUAUAAGUCUUAAGUGAACAGAUUAAUAAAUUCGCACACAUACGUAUGUAUAAUAUCCUCCAUCUAUCCAUCAUUCAUCUGUCUGUCUGUCUAUCUAAUAUUCCAUCUUGUACACUUCUCUGACCCUAGAAACAAUUAUUUUUCCUAGUUGUUACCAAAGAUAAAGUAUGAUUUUGAUCUGUAUCAUAAUAAAUUAAUUUUAUCUGUUUAUAAAUUUCAUAUAGAUAGAAUCAUACUGUAUGUGCUGUUUAGUGUUUUUUAAAAUAUUUUUUAAAUUUCCAUUUUUUUUUCUUUUACCUAUUUUAAAUGAAAAUUGUGUUAAGGGUUGGCUUUCAAUAGAUCGCAGCGAGGGAGCUACUCUGCUACAUAUGAAACCCCGACCCAGAAGCAGGUCGUCUACGGAUGGUUUAGCGCCAGGUUCCACACGAACGUGCGAGCGAACGUGCGUCCAGCUUGAUGGGCGAGAGGGCGGGCCCCCUUUCCGGCACCCCGUUUCCCAAGACGAUCAGCUCUCCGCCGAGCGGGGACACUGUUUUGUGUCUUAUAGUGACUUCUUUCAUAAUUAAUCACAUGAUAGCCAUUCAUGUUACAGGCAGCAGUAAUUUACUCCCCGCACAGCUACAAAGAGCUCCAUUAUAGUAAAACACAAUAAUUUCUCUUUUUUAUUGGUAAUGGACACAAUUGAAUGGGUUAUAAUUUUUGGUCAAGGGAAAAAAUAAACCUCUUGGGGUUGGAGAGAGGGCUCUACUGUUAAGAGCAGGCAUUGCUCUUGCAGAGGACCUGAGUUAAGUUCCCAGCACUGAUAUCAGGGCGCUCACAAACUCCUGUACCCCCAGCGACAGGGGAUCUGACACUCAGAGUACAAACUUACACACAUACACAAAAUUAAAAAGAA